CGUACAAGAUACGACAAUUGUGACGCGGUCGCACUCCUUGAUCAUCCGGCUCUUGCAUUUGUGUCUCAAUUUCUGGGGACGAAGACGAUGGCACGUGUUAGCACGGGGGUCCUCGCCGUGCUCGGUUUUGUGAUCUGCGCUUGCUUGUUGACUCUGGCUCAGUUCGACAUUAAUUCUAUCGACACUGCACUCAGUGUAGCGAAGAUGAAAAUUGCAAAACGUCAGCAAGAGAUCAAAGGUUUCGCAGCGAGAAGCAUCGGCAAGUGUCCUGUGAGCUCUCCCAGAUGUCCCUUCGCGAGCGGUCAGCAUUUCCAGUCGAGGCCCUCUACGAGGGUCUCCCGGGAAAUAGCCGAGAACGCUCGGAUCCUAGAAGAAGCAACCAAAGCUCUGCUAUUCCGUAAAUACGGAAUUGUGAUCAGGGAUGCGCCGUCGGAGCCCGGCACGACUUCUCGCGCUUCGUAUGACCAGAUCAAUCAGGUGAACACUAUCAACUUGGGUCAGACACAACUAGCCGAACAUGAAGCUCAGUGCAGGGAACGACGGAGAGCGAAAUGCAACCCCCAGCUGCCAUGGAGAUCGGGCGACGGCCGUUGCAAUAAUCUUCAGAACACUCAUUGGGGAAGGGCAAACUUUUGCAUGACUCGACUCCUUGAACCAGCCUACGAAGAUGGCGUUUCUGAGCCGCGAGGAGGUCGCUUCAAUAGCCGACUACCGAAUCCACGCGUAGUCUCCGCGACCGUCAACGCGUUCCGUAACGUCACGGCUCCCAACUUUACGCAUAUGCUGAUGCAGAUCGGUCAGUUCCUCGACCAUGACAUCGCCUUAGCGCCGAUGGAGGAAGAUCCCGGCGAAAUCAUCAAUUUAGGAAAUCCGAACAAUCCCAUCGAUUGCUGCAGCGAGGAUCGACGAGACGGGCCGGAAUGCUUCUCUUUCGGAAUUCCCGGAAACGACCCUUUCUUCUCCGCUUUCAAUCAAGAAUGCAUGAACAUGCCCCGCAGCGCUCCUUGCAGCAACUGUCACCUCGGUCAUCGAGAACAGCAAGACUCUCUCACCUCGUACAUCGACGGGUCUCAGAUCUAUGGCAGCAGUGACGAGGACAAUCAGAGACUCCGCUCCAAAGUCAAAGGACUGCUGAAAUAUCAGGUGGUCAGCGAUCGACAGAUGCUGCCUCGAUCGUUUCAUCCUAAUGAAGAUCGCUGCUCGAAACCAUCAGCGGGACAGUUUUGUUUCCGCGCCGGUGACGAGAGGGUCAACGAACAACCAGGCCUGACGGCUAUGCAUAUCAUCUGGCUCCGGCAGCACAAUCUCAUCGCUGUGAAAUUGAAUGAAAUCAACCCACACUGGGACGAUGAGCGUGUUUUCCAGGAGACCCGACGGAUAGUAGCAGCUCAGUGGCAGCACAUAAUUUACAAUGAAUGGUUGCCCAUUGUCUUAGGACCUGACUACUCGGAGGCUUUCAAGAUCAAGACCCUCCAGACUGGAUUCAGUCAAUACGAUCCCACGGUCGAUGCGACAAUAAGCAACGCGUUUGCCGCCGCUGCAUUCCGUUUCGGGCACACGAUCAUCGACGGCAAUUUCCUGCUCAUCAACAGUCGAGGGGAGACGGGAUCCAUUCGUUUGCAAGAUUUCUUUUUCUCCCCCUUCGGAUACUACGAGGGGAAACUCGACCCGAUGCUCCGAGGUCUUUAUAAUCAGCCAGGACAACAAUUCGAUAGAUUCGUCGUCACCGAUGUCACGAAUCACUUAUACCGGCUGCGUAACGACUCUUUCGGCUUGGACUUGAUAGCUUUGAAUAUCCAACGGGGCCGCGAUCAUGGAUUGCGACCUUACAUCGACUACGUCCGCUUCUGUACAGGCCGAGCGAUCUCGGACUGGAACGAUCUGCUCACUUUCAUGCCGCAGGAUGCGGUUCAGCAAUUGUCGCGAGUCUACGCUAGAAUCGAGGAUAUCGAUCUCUUCCCGGCCGGCGUCGCUGAGUAUUCGGUGGCAGGAGGCGUCCUAGGACCGACUUUCGCUUGUAUUCAGGGCAACCAGUUCAUGCGUUCUAAAUUCGGAGAUCGUUUCUAUUACGAGCAUGGGAAUCAAGCCGGCUCAUUCAGUGAGCAACAGCUGCAAGAAAUCCGAAAGAUCUCUUUGGCGAAGAUCAUCUGCGACAACUCUGACAGUAUAAAGGAGAUACCUGUAAAUGUUUUCCGCCCUAUCGGAAGGGACGGAAACACGGUCCAACCGUGCUCUGAGAUCGAUCGCAGCAACAUCCGGGCUUGGGCAGAACAAUAGGAUCAAACAAGGCAACUUCUAGUCAAAUCUUCCGAGAGCAAUCGAAUGAUCGAGGUUCUUUAGGAAAUACAGGUUAUUUGAUACGCAAGGUUUUCUUCGAGCAGUCAUGCGUUCGCUCUUCCACCAAACGCACGUCAUUUCAAAUAAAAUAAUUCUGAGAAUUGCCGUGACCACCUGCGCAUACUUAUCACUAUUGGACGAAUUCGACUUUCGUUCCAAGCGAAAAUCAUUCCGCCACACAACACUGCGAAAUCUCACGGAUCCUCAACCGUCUCGGAGCAUCCUUCAAAAUCGCGCAGAUGCCACGGAAUGCUAUAACACCAGGAGAAUUUCGGGCUUGGAAAUAAUUCUUGCAACAGACGAGAUCCUUGAAAAAUCGACAGACUUCACUGAUUUGCUUCGAGAAAGAGGAGCUCGAGGUGAACCUAUCACACUUGUCCACGCUUGAGUUCGAAGGUGGAUUGGCACUCAUAGGAGAGCAAGUAG